AUGCAUGUUGAUUUUGAAACAAAUAUUAAUCAACCCGAAAAGGGGCAUUUUCGGAUGAAUUUAGACAAAUCGCGUUUAAAUAUUUCUGUGCGUCUCUUUUCUGAAGAUAAUAAAGAAUUAAGUAAUGCUCCAAUUCUACCUUCAACAACAAAAGUCGAUCAGUUGGAACAACUUUAUUAUAGUCUUUUGGAUAUCGACUUGGAAGAAGAACAACCACCAGUUCAUUUUCGUGUAGCGGAGAGGUCGGAAGAUGGGGGUUGGAUAGAUAUUGUCGAUACUUUGGGUGUUUCCCUUCCCUCGGAUUGUUUAGUUACUGAAAAGGUUUUCUUAUCUAAUAGUUUAAAUGAUGAAUUUGUUUUUAGCCUGUUGAAUUGUUUUGUCUGCCUCAGGCUGUGUUUCGUGUCAGGCCUGUUACAAGAUGUGCUGCUUCAUUGCCUGGUCAUGGUUAGUAUUAGAGAUCGGACUUUUGAGCAAACACUUACCGGUCACCAACAUUGGGUAUUAUGUAUUGCUUGGUCACAUGAUGGGAAUAAAAUUGCAUCAGCUUGUAAACAAGGAAUAAUUCUUGUUUGGGAAUAUGACAGUGAGACCAACAAAUUUCGAUUAUUCAAAAAGUUGACAGGUCAUAAACAAUGGAUUAAUGCAUUGUUAGCAAGUGCAGGUCGAGAUGCAUCGAUUCGUAUUUGGGAUAUAAUUAAAUCACAAACUUUAUUCGUGCUUAGCGGUAACAGAUAUUCGAUGGAGUGGAAAUGAUUUAAUAUAUUCUGGAUCGCAGGUAAUUUCCAAUCAAAAAACUCAUUUUUAU